AUGGCUCCUAAGCAGAUCUCUUCGUCUGCAGCCAAAGCACACGACUUUAUUGAUUUCCUCAACACAUCUCCCACCCCAUAUCACGCCGUCCAUUCUGCGAUCCAACGUCUCAAAACCGCCGGCUUCAAAGAAAUCAAAGAACGAGAUAGUUGGUCCUCGACUCUGGUCCCAGGCGGAAAAUACUACCUCACUCGCAAUGGAUCCUCCAUAAUCGCUUUCGGAAUUGGAAAGAAAUGGAAAGCUGGAAAUCCAUUCGCCAUGGUUGGCGCACACACAGAUUCUUGUACACUCCGUCUGAAGCCAGUGAGCAAGAAGACGGGGGCAGGGUUCAUGCAAGUCGGCGUGGAGGCAUAUGGUGGUGGGAUAUGGCAUACUUGGUUUGAUCGAGAUCUGAGUAUUGCUGGCAGAGCGAUGUGCAAAGAUGGGAAGGGGAAUAUUGUUAGCAAACUGAUCAAGGUGGAGAGACCUAUCUUGAGGAUUCCAACGCUGGCUAUACAUCUUAGUCGAGCUUCCAAUUUCGAACCAAAUAAAGAGACGGAGUUGUUCCCGAUUGCUGGUCUUAUUGCUGCGGAAUUAAAUCGGACUGGCGCAACGGAGAAGAAGGACGAUAAGGAAGAUGAGAGCGAGAAGCCUUUCAAACCUCUGCAGGAGCUUUCGGAUCGCCAUCACCCUUAUGUCGUGGAACUUAUCGCCCAGGAGGCUGGCGUUGAGGUUGAGGAUGUUGUGGACUUCGAAAUUAUCCUAUAUGAUACCCAAGAUGCCUGUAUUGGAGGCAUCAACAACGAGUUGAUCUUCGGAGGACGUCUAGACAACUUGGGCAUGACAUACUGUGCCGUCGAAGGUCUCAUCGGUUCUGUAUCCGAUCCAUCUGCUUUGGACGACGAAUCAAGUAUCCGCUUAAUCACCUGUUUCGACCACGAGGAAAUCGGAAGCACAUCAGCCCAGGGUGCAGGGUCGAAUUUUCUUCCCGCUAUUCUAAAAAGACUUGCGGUACUUCCAUCACAUCACGAAUCUGGAUCCGACAAAUCUUACGAGAAAGUCAACAAAGAUGAGGUUGAUAUUUCUACAGCCUACGAGCAGAGUCUCGCAACCUCAUUCUUAAUGUCGGCAGACAUGGCCCAUUCUGUCAAUCCUAAUUACCUAGGGAAAUACGAAUCUGAUCACCGUCCUGAAAUGAACAAGGGGACAGUCAUCAAAAUCAACGCGAAUCAGAGAUACGCAACCAAUUCCCCCGGUAUCGUCCUAGUAGAAGAAGUCGCCAGAAGAGCAAAACCAAGCCAAGACUCCACAACAUCCAACGGCGUACCUCUCCAGCUCUUUGUCGUCCGCAAUGACUCUCCUUGCGGCAGCACCAUUGGCCCUAUGCUCUCCGCUGCGCUAGGCACACGGACACUUGAUCUGGGAAACCCGCAGCUUUCAAUGCAUAGUAUUAGAGAAACGGCAGGAGCCUAUGACGUUGAGCACGGCACAAGACUGUUUGAGUCUUUCUUUGAACAUUUCUCGGAGCUGGAGUCGAAGAUUUUAGUUGAUUGA